AUGCCUCGCCUUUCUCAAUGGCAUUCACGAGCUACAAAGGCCGGAUUUAAUUUUUACCCCGCACCGUGCUAUCCAUUCGGCUACUCAAAUGGCCACGUCUCUGACGACCCAUUGAGAGCCCCCAUCUUCAUCCCGCUUCAUUUGGCUGAUCUAGCCCGGCUUCGGCAGAACUUUCAGUCUCCGAUGUUAAAUGAGUCUGAAAAAGAGCUUACUACUUCUAAAAGUAGUACCGAUUUCACAGCCAAACGUGGCAUUUAUUGUGCGGCUGAUCUGGCCGCUCAGUUGUUCCCAAGUCUCGAAUCUAAUUUCCAGAUUCUGGCUCUUCGUCUUUUCCAGGAUGGCAUUUUGAAAAAGUGA